ACAACACCUUUGCACCUCACUCGUAUGAUGUCUGUGGCCUGUGCUCUACACCGGAUGUCACGUGUUCUACAGGAAACGGAAAUUUAGGUGGGUCAAAAAGAAAGCGCAAGGAACAAAAUCACAAUGAAUAGCCGAGGACUCCACUCCCAGCUGAAGGACAGUGUCCCUGUCGCUGGACUUUGUCCACAGGGUGCUUACGGAAUGCAGGACUCUCUACGCAGCGGCUUCACGAGCGUAAAGAAUGAGCUUCUUCCCAGCCACCCGCUGGAGCUGUCAGAGAAAAAUUUCCAGCUUAACCAGGAUAAGAUGAAUUACUCCACACUCAGGAACAUCCAAGGUCUUCAUGCUCCACUCAAACUGCAGAUGGAGUACCGAGCAGCACGACAGAUCCAGCGUCUGCCUUUCUUACCGAGUUCCAACUUGGCUCUCGACACGCUCCGAGGAAGCGAUGAAUCCAUCGGCUUUGAGGACAUCCUCAGCGAUCCAGCCCAAAGUGAAGUGAUGGGAGAGCCACACAUGAUGGUGGAGUACAAACUAGGAUUGUUGUGAGAGCUCCUGUAAAUAA